UUCUCUCAUUCUUGAAAUGGGAGCACUGUCACGGCUCACUGGUGACCCUAGGUUUGAAUCAGCUGCAUUACGUGCGCUUCGUCAGCUGUGGAGGAUGCGAAGUUCAUUAGAUCUGCUUGGGACGACUCUGGAUGUGGUAACUGGGGAAUGGCUGGAGUACUCCUCCAGCAUUGGAGCUGGCUUAUAUUCUUUUUGGAAAAGAAGACUACUGGCAAAUGUUUAGUUCUGGCAUCUCAAAAGUACUUCAUACAGGGGCUUUGGUAAUAAUAUACUAGCCUGGAAAAAUGUACCAUGAAGCUAAUAUGUGGAGUGGGAAACCAACUUAUUGGCAGCUCACAAGUCUUCAGGCGUUUUGGCCCGGUCUACAGGUUCUCGCUGGAGAUAUUGCAGCUGCAAAUUCAACGCACCGCGAGUUUUUCCAUGUAUGGGAGAAGUUUGGUGUAUUGCCUGAGAGGUAUCUACUAGAUCAUCAAAUGAUACAUCCGACAAUGAAGUACUAUCCACUACGUCCUGAAUUAGCAGAAUCCACGUUCUACCUAUACCAAGCUACAAAAGAUCCAUGGUACCUAGAUGUUGGUGAAAUCGAGGGCCACCCUAUUCAGGUUGUGAGCUCCUGGCAUGAGAAAGUACCAAAAAGUUAUUUCUCAGGCAACUGGACGCUUUCAAAGAGAGGGGCAUGGGAAAGUGGAGCUAGCGCAUUGUCACUGCAAGUAUGUCCAUCGAAAGCUCUCAACUCUAGACGUCCUGAGCAACACAGAGAGAGUGCUUGCCAUGUCCAUGUCCCUGACGAGCAACACGGAUACUACUAUCUCGUCUGUUAA